GCGACCAAAAAAAAAAACAAAAACCCUACGGCCCAACACAAGCAAUCGUCUCCCAACAUCACCGCGGCGGCGGCGGCGGCGGCUUUCCACCUCCCCGCCGGCUUCGCGCUCCCAACCUCGCCGUCGUUCGUCAUGUUCCGGCUGCGCUCCUCCGCUCGCCUGCUGAGAGAGCUACGGGAGGCGUCGCGGUCGUCGGGGCGCCGCCGGGAAUGGCUCUCCGGCGGCGCAGUAGCCUCCGCCGCGCGGACGACCUCGCUCCUGCACCCUCUGCCCGGGCUCGACGUCCCGCAGUGCCUCCCCGACCAGCUCGGCGUCCAGCCCACCCGCGUCACCACGCUCCCCAACGGCGUCCGCGUCGCCUCCGAGGACCUCCCGGGCCCGUCGGCGUGCGUAGGGGUGUUCGUGGAUUCCGGCUCGGUUUACGAGACGGCGGAGACGGCCGGCGUGUCACACCUGCUCGAGAGGCUGUCCUUCAAGGACACGGCGCACCGCAGCCACCUGCAGAUUGUGCAGGAUGUGGAGGCCACCGGAGGAAACAUCGGGGCGUCUGCAUCAAGGGAGCAGACGGUGUACAGCUACGAGACUCUCAAGGCCUACUUGCCGCAGGCCAUCGAGGUGCUCAUCGACUGUGUCCGCAAUCCAUUGUUCCUCCAAGACGAAGUCGAGCGACAGGUGGCCUUUGCCAGAGAAGAAGUUCAGGAGCUACAGAAGAACCCUGAGAGAUUUCUUCAGGAAUCACUUAAUCUAGUUGGAUACACAGGUGCUCUUGCAAAUCCACUAGUAGCCCCUGAGGAGAGUCUCACACGAAUCAAUGGCAGUAUUAUUCAAAAGUUCUAUCACGAGAACUUCACUGCUGAUCGCUUGGUUGUAGCAGCAUCAGGUGUUGAUCAUCAAUACCUUUUAGAUGUUGCAGAGCCUUUAUUGUCUGAUUGGCACAAGGGCUCCCCAGUGGAAAGGCCAGAGUCUAAGUAUAUCGGUGGGGAUUUUAGACAUAGAGCAGACUCAGAGAUGACCCAUGUUGCUUUGGCUUUCGAAGUGCCCGGGGGCUGGCUUGAAGAGAGAGAUGCCACAAUUAUGACUGUAGUACAGACUUUAAUGGGCGGUGGUGGUUCAUUCUCUUCUGGUGGUCCUGGAAAAGGGAUGCAUUCACGGCUUUAUCUGCGUGUCUUAACUAAAUACCACACGGUCGAAUCAUUUUCGGUAUUUAGCAAUGCAUUUGAUAGAAGUGGCCUCUUUGGUAUUUACUUGACCACGCCUUCAGAUUUUGUUGCAAAGGCUGUUGAUAUUGCGACAAAAGAACUGAUUGCUAUUGCAACACCUGGACAAGUGACAGACAUUGAAUUGGCACGAGCGAAAAACUCAACAAUUUCUGCCGUGCUGAUGAAUCUUGAAUCCAGGGUAAUUGUUGCAGAAGAUAUAGGGAGGCAGAUAUUGACUUAUGGUUGCAGGAAGCCUGUUGACCAUUUUCUUCAAUGUAUGGACGAAAUGACUCUAGAUGAUAUAACAGCUUUUGCCAAGAAGAUGUUGUCUUCACCACCCACAAUGGCUAGUUGGGGAGAUGGUAUAUAUGCUUUAUGAAUUUGCGAAAAAUAUGAAUGACACAAAAUAAGAAUUAAUGUGAGUUCAUUGACUCUCCUUCUGCAGUUGAUAAAGUUCCUCCAUAUGAAUUUGUUUGCAAGAGGUUUUGAAGUUCUCCGACACAAUGAUCAGUGGUGGACAUGAAGAUGGGAUUUUGUUUACAAUGUUGUAUAAUCCAAUUCUCGCUAUAUUUGGGCCUUAUCUUAGAAAUUGCCCUCGUUAUACACAUCACCUGAUGAGAUUAGAUUUUUGCUAUCAUCUUCAAACAGCAUAUAUCUUGUGAAAGUCCAGGUCAAACGGAGGUGAAAGUUUUGCAAUAUCUCUCGAAGCAAGUUUAGCGAUUCCUCGUCUUGUUAUGCAAACAUGCAUAUGCACUUGUCUUAUUGAGUGCUCUGUAAACAAUUUUCACGGCGAUGAUAUAUAGGGGUUACGGUGCGGAAAUUGACAGGAUAA